AUGCCCACCCUGCGAUCUUCCUCCUCCUCCUCCUCUCAGCGCCACAGCUCCUCCCCAAGCAGCGUGUCCUCCUGUCUGCAAAAAGGUGGACAGAGGGGCUUGCCUGCUUCACCUGGUUCCUCUUAUGAUGAGAGGGACUGGGGCCAGACUUCAAAGGGGGAUAGUGAUUCUUUAUCAGCUGAUGAAGACAGUGACUUUGAAGACAGCUUGAGACGAAAUGUGAAGAAGAGAGCGGCAAGACGACCACUCAAAACAACUCCAGUGGCAAAACAACCAAAAAAGGGGUCCAAAAGGGUACGUGCUCGCCACCAGAAGGAGUCAGAGCCACCAGCCAGUGAUCUCUUUGAAGCUGUGAAAGCUGCCAAAAGUGACAUGCAGUCUCUGGUGGAUGAGUGGCUGGAUAGCUACAAGCAAGACCAGGAUGCAGGAUUCCUGGACCUCAUUAACUUUUUCAUUCGAUCUUGUGGUUGUAAAGGCACUGUGACCCUCGAGAUGUUCAAGAAGAUGUCCAACUCUGAGAUCAUCCGCCACCUAACGGAACAGUUUAAUGAGGACUCAGGGGACUAUCCCUUAACAGCUCCAGGUCCAUCCUGGAAGAAGUUCCAUGGUAGCUUCUGUGAGUUCGUGAGAACCUUGGUCUGUCAGUGCCAGUACAGCUUCCUCUAUAAUGGCUUCCCCAUGGACAACCUCAUCUCCCUGCUUACUGGCCUUUCAGACUCCCAAGUCCGAGCCUUCCGUCAUACUAGCACCCUGGCUGCCAUGAAGUUGAUGACUUCUUUGGUGAAGGUCGCUCUCCAGCUGAGCCUGCACAAAGACAACAAUCAGCGUCAGUACGAGGCUGAGCGGAGCAAGGGCCCAGGGCAGAGAGCACCGGAGCGGCUGGAGAGCCUGCUGGAGAAACGCAAAGAGCUCCAAGAACAUCAAGAGGAUAUUGAGGGAAUGAUGAAUGCCCUUUUCAGGGGUGUCUUUGUACAUCGGUACCGGGAUGUCCUUCCUGAGAUACGUGCUAUCUGCAUCGAGGAGAUUGGGUCUUGGAUGCAGAGCUACAGUACCUCAUUCCUCACUGACAGCUAUUUAAAAUAUAUUGGCUGGACCCUGCAUGAUAAGCAUCGAGACGUCCGUCUGAAGUGCCUGAAGGCUCUGGAAGGGCUGUACAGCAACCGGGACUUGACUGCACGCCUGGAGCUCUUCACCAGCCGCUUCAAGGAUCGGAUGGUUUCCAUGGUUAUGGACAGAGAUUAUGACGUGGCAGUGGAGGCCGUCAGACUGCUAACGCUCAUCCUGCAGAACAUGGAGGGGGUGCUGACAGACACAGACUGUGAAAGCGUCUACCCUGUUGUAUACGCCUCCAACCGAGCCCUGGCCUCUGCUGCAGGAGAGUUUCUCUACUGGAAGCUCUUCUACCCUGAGUGUGAGACAAGAACGGGCAGUGGAAGAGAACGACACCAAAGCCCACGCUCCCAAAGGACUUUCUUUCACCUCCUGCUGACCUUCUUUGUGGAGAGCGAGCUCCAUAACCAUGCUGCUUACUUAGUAGACAGCCUGUGGGACUGUGCGGGGUCUCAGCUGAAGGACUGGGACAGUCUGACAAGCCUGCUGCUGGAGAAGGAUCACAACCUGGGCGAUGUGCAGGAGAGCACACUGAUAGAAAUCCUUGUGUCCAGUGUCCGGCAAGCUUCAGAAGGCCACCCACCUGUGGGGCGGAUCACUGGGAAGAAGGGCUUAACCUCUAAAGAACGUAAGAUCCAAGCUGAUGACAAGGUGAAGCUGACUGAGCACCUCAUCCCGCUGCUGCCCCAGCUCCUGGCCAAGUUCUCAGCUGAUGCCGAGAAGGUGGCCCCUCUGCUGCAGCUUCUCAGCUACUUUGACCUCAACAUCUACUGCACCAGGCGCCUGGAGAAGCACCUGGAGCUGCUCUUGGAGCAACUCCAGGAGGUGGUGGUGAAGCAUGCUGAGCCAGCGGUGCUUGAGGCCGGAGCUCACGCCCUCUAUCAGCUCUGUAAGCCUGAGUUCACGUUCUUCAGCCGGGUGGACUUUGCCCGCAGCCAACUGGUGGAUCUACUGACCGACCGCUUCCAGCAGGAGCUAGAAGAGCUACUGCAGUCUUCCUUCCUAGAUGAGGAUGAGGUAUAUAGUCUGGCGGCCACACUAAAGCGCCUCUCUGCCUUUUACAAUGCCCAUGACCUGACUCGCUGGGAGCUCUAUGAGCCGUGCUACCAACUCCUGCGGAAGGCUGUGGAUACAGGAGAGGUGCCUCGCCAGGUGAUCCUUCCAGCCUUGAGUCUUGUCUAUUUUUCCAUCCUCUGGUUGCUGACCCACAUUUCUGGAUCUGAUGUUUCUGAGAAGCAGCUGUUGAAUUUGAAGGGCAGAAUGGUGGCCUUCUGUGAAGUCUGCCAGAGCUGCCUCUCAGAUGUGGACUCUGAGAUCCAGGAGCAGGCUUUUACCUUAUUAAGUGACCUACUUCUCAUCUUCAGCCCUCAGAUGACUGUAGGAGGAUGCGAUUUCCUUAGACCCCUCGUUUUUGUUCCUGAGGUCACUCUCCAGUCUGAGCUGGCCAGCUUCCUCAUGGACCAUGUCUUCAUCCAGCCUGGAGACCUGGGGUCAGGUAACUCCCAGGAGGAUCACUUACAGAUAGAGCAGCUCCACCAGCGGCGCCGCCUCCUGGCUGGGUUCUGCAAGCUGCUGCUCUAUGGGGUGCUGGACAUGGAGGCAGCCUCUGAUGUGUUCAAACACUACAACAAGUUCUACAACGACUAUGGCGACAUCAUCAAGGAAACAUUAACGAGAGCGAGGCAGAUUGACCGAAGCCAUUGUUCUCAAAUUCUGUUGCUGAGCCUCAAGCAGCUGUACACAGAGCUGCUGCAGGAACAGGGGCCCGAAGGCCUGAAUGAGCUUCCAGCCUUCAUUGAGAUGAGGGACCUGGCCCGGAGGUUUGCCUUGAGCUUUGGACCCCAGCAGCUACAGAACCGUGAUCUUGUGGUCAUGCUACACAAGGAAGGCAUCAAGUUCUCCUUGUCUGAGCUUCCUCCAGCUGAUUCCUCCAGUCAGCCCCCAAACCUGGCCUUCUUGGAGCUCCUUUCAGAAUUUUCUCCUAGACUCUUCCAUCAAGACAAGCAGCUACUCCUGUCCUACCUGGAAAAGCGUCUGCAGCGUGUCCCCCAAGUACCUGGCCAUCCCUGGGGUCCAGUCACCACUUACUGCCACUCCCUCAGCCCUCUAGAGAGCACUGCUGAGACCAGCCCUCAGGGCUACCCCCGCUCCAAGAAGAGGCGCAUUGAAGGCCCCUCGAUGCCGAAAGGAGAUGCCUCUUCCUCCCACGAAGAAAGCCUACAGCUGAACAGCAUCCCACCCACCCCCACCCUCACCUCCACCGCUGUGAAGAGUCGGCAGCCCCUGGGGGGGUUAGAAGAGGUAGAAGAAGAAGAGGGCUCAGCAUCUGAGCUCACCCACAGCCAGCCUCUUUCAGACACCCAGUGGCCCAGUUACUCAGGUCCACAGCGUUUCCACACUCCACUCCACUCUUCAGGUCCUGGACUGGGCAAUCGAAUGACCCGACUCAGACUAAUGGAGGAGGAGGAGGAAGAAGAGGAAGAGGAAGGGCUGGUGAUUCAGGAUGACUCCAGUGAAGAGUGGCUAGACACCGACAAGCAACCAAGUAGCUUUUCUUCCCCUGGUGAGCAGUGGCUGGACCUCUUGGAUUCUACAGAGGUGAACAUUGAGAAUGUGGUGAAAGUGAUGACGCACCCGUGUUCAGGCUGCCGCUUCCUGCCUCUUGAGAUCCUCCCUCUUGGAGCCCAGUCAUCUUGCUGCGAGAAAGCCCAGGCAGCCGCAUGA